AUGGCACUCCAGUUGUUGAUACUUGCGCUGUCGGUGUCCACAUCCUUCGCACAGUCCCAGGGCAGCACCCAUGAAGGCUGCAUCCACUUGCCCAUCGUCCACUCGACGAACCAACAGGCCUUUGGGAAAAGGGCCGUUCAGUUCUCGUUGGCCAAUCGCUCCGAUGUGGCCUAUUACGCCAAACGUAGGCCAAACCCCCCUUUCGGUCGUGCUCGUAAAGAGAAAGUGGAACUCGGCACGCCACCGCAGCCGCAGUUCGUGCAGCUCGACACGGGCUCUUUUGAGCUCUGGGUCAACCCGACCUGUUCGACGGCCGGGUCGUUUGGAGAUGCUGGAUUCUGCUCGUCUGUCGGCAACUUUGACACGGCCAAGUCGUCCACCUUCCAAAGCAUCGGCACCACCAAGUCGCUGAGAUACGGCAUUGGCUCGGCCAACAUCACCUAUGUCAAAGACGACAUUGCCCUGCCUGGGUCGUCCUCGAUCCUCAAGGCAGUGCAGUUCGGGGUCGCUACAGCCACCGAGGACGAGUUCUCCGGGAUCCUGGGAAUUGGGUACGGGCUCGGCCUGACGACCAGGUACAGGAAUUUUGUCGACGAGCUGGCGGCUCAGAAUGUGACCCGAGUCAAAGCUUUCACACUGGCGCUGGGAGGCAAGGACGAGCAAGAGGGCGUCAUCGUGUUUGGAGGCGUCGAUACCUCCAAGUUCGCCGGGCGGCUGGCUCGGCUGCCCAUCAUCCCCGCCGCCCAAAGCCCGGACGGCGUGCCGCGCUACUGGGUCGCCAUGCAGUCCAUGACACUGACGCCGCCGAGCUUGCGAAGGAAGACGUACAGCAACAGCACGAUGCCGGUCUUUCUCGACUCCGGGUCGACGCUGACGCUCCUCCCGACGGCCCUCGUCGCUGCCGUCGCCGCGGAUUUCGGAGCGACCACCCAGGACAGCAGCGGCUUCUACUCUGUCGACUGCGCGCUGACCAAGGUCAACGGCACGCUCGACUUCGCCUUUGAGGGCGUGACCGUUCGGGUCCCGUACAAGGAGAUUAUACGCCAGUCGGGGAACCAAUGUGUCCUGGGGAUCAUGCCCAACCCGGAUUUUGUCCUGCUCGGCGAUACCUUUCUGCGUUCUGCGUACGUUAUCUUCGACCUCGACAACCACGCAGUGUGGAUGACGCAGUACACCAACUGCGGCUCAUCGCCCGCCGCAGUCAACGACUCGAAAGCUUUCCCAUCCCUCAUUGGCACCUGCAACCUCCAGAAGGCCGCGGUCAACGACGCGGCGUCGAGCUCUUCGGUCUCGACGGGGACGCCCACGACCGUCUCGACUGGCGGGGCUGCUGGCGGAGCGGCAAGUCCCAGUAGAUCGUCGACUGUCAGCGCAGCAGGGACGGUCACGCCCAGAAGACAAGCCUCGAUCUUCGCACUGGCGAUCGUCGUUGCUGUCGGUGUUGUCUCAUGA